AUGGCGGACGACAAGGUGAACGAAGCACAAGGAAAAUCCAAUUUUUCGGACGAAGACGAGGAAAGGUUGCUCGCUGAAGAGGGCGAACAAACACAAGAUUAUGUCACCACCGGUGACACAAAUAAUGAUUCCACUAGGAUGUGGGAGGCCAUCAAGGGCCUUGGAAAGAAACUCGAUCUUUUGGCGGGAACGCCAAAUACACGCAUCACCGAUGCUCCACUAAAGCGGAAAAUACCGCACACAGUGACUAAAGAGUCAAAAAAUGACGCAGAAACCCCACCGGGGUCAUCUCGUCAAAAGAAGCGAAAAUCUUCAUCAGUUUGCGACGAUGCAUCUGACGAUUCUGAUCGAGACGUCACAGCCUUGCUCGACAAGGAGGACGAACAAGAUGGCGACGAGAGCGAUAAACUCUUGCAAGAGAUUGAAGAAGAAUACAACAGCGAGGACAAAACAGGUCCGGACGUAAACGUUCAUCUAGCAAACCUAGUCAACAAAAGGUUUGCUGGGAAGCUCAAAGAAGCAAAGCUCAAAGAGAAAUGCGAGCUGUAUAUCCGACCCGGAAAUUGUGAUAAACUCAAAGUUCCUCUCGUGAACCCCGAACUGUGGGGGAAACUUGGACCACCGGUCAAAACACAGGACUUGAGAAUCGCAAAUGUCCAGCAGACCAUAGUGAAAGCAACUGUUGCACUCACCGAGGCAACAGAAAGAAUUACAAAAGUCAAGGGGAACAUCGAAGGGAAACAGCAAAUUAUAACCUCUUUGACUGACUCACUUGCUCUGCUGGGACACGCAACUUAUGACCUAUCGUUGCGACGGCGAGACAUCAUGAGGCCGUCAAUAAAUCGAGAGCUUCGUGCUCUUUGCAGUCCACAAAUCCCUGUUACAGAGUUCCUGUUUGGGGAUGAUGUACAAAAUAGUUUAAAAACUAUUACAGAGUGCAACAAGAUUGCCAGUUCAACUGUAAAGCAAGGGUCGGAUUACAAACACAAACCGACCUACUCUAGAGGUGGAAAUUACAAGCCUCAAGCCAGUCAAGGUUAUGGGCAUGGAAGCAAGCCUUUUUUAGGCCAGCGCAAAGGCUACCAGCCAUUCAAAAAGAAAGUGUGGACACCACAGCACAAAAGGGAGGACAUGAAGUGAUCCUCACCGAAACACUACAAACAGUAAUUGAUAAUGUAAGUAAAUUUGAUAGUCUUUUACCACAUAUUAUGACAGGUCUAGAGCAAAAUGUUAGGACCUUGAAAGCAGGUAAUCUUUCUAGUUUCCUUAACAGAUGGAAAUCUCUUACAUCUGAUAAAGAAAUUAUUGACAUGGUAACAGGUACAACUAUUGAUUUUGAGCAUGUACCAGUCCAAUCUAGGCCACCGGCCAUACAAACAUUCUCAGACCCUGAGGUACAAAUCAUUGAGACUGAGCUCAGUAAACUCCUAAGCAAAGGGGUAAUUAAAAAAGUUGAACGUGAAAAAGGUGAUUUUCUUUCGCCCAUAUUCCUCAAGGCAAAGAAAGAUGGCUCAUACCGCCUAAUUUUGAAUCUCAAAGCUUUGAAUAAAAAUAUCACUUAUCAGCAUUUUAAAAUGGACACACUUUUGUCAGUAGUCAAACUUAUGAGACCAAAUUGCUUUCCUAAUGGGCUAUGUUUCUGUCCUAGGAAAUUUACAAAGCUUAUUAAGCCAAUUCACUCUUCGCUUAGAUUGCAAGGUCAUUUCCUUGCUGGUUAUAUUGAUGACAAUUACAACCAAGGGGACACUUACCAGGAAUGCUUGACUACUGUGCUUGAAACAGUAAAACUGGUAACCGAGUUAGGGUUUUGUGUGCACCCUGAGAAAUCAUGCCUUAUACCAUCUCAAGAAAUAAUUUUUCUUGGGAAUGUUUUAAACUCUGUCACCAUGACUAUUACACUAACCGAUGAGAAAAAACAGAAAAUUGUGAAGGCAUGUAAGGCACUGCAGAGACAGCAAAAUCACACUAUCCGGGAGGUUUCUAAGGUGAUAGGGCUCAUGGUGUCUAGUUUUUCAGCAGUUAUGUAUGGACCAUUAUACUAUAGACAACUAGAGCGGGAUAAAUCUCUAGCUGUUAAAGACCAUAACGGAAACUAUGAUGCACCAAUGGCUCUAUCACCUGUGGCCAGAAUAGAAUUACAAUGGUGGGUAGACAAUAUUGACAAAGCAUUCAAUGUCAUCAACCAUGAACCCCCAUCAAUUACAAUCAAUACAGAUGCAUCAAAAAUUGGAUGGGGUGGUGUAUUGGAUGGUAGAACUUGUGGGGGACAUUGGUCACCCCAAGAAUCAGAAGAGCAUAUUAAUUGCCUUGAAUUAAUGGCUGCUCUUUUUUCAAUCCAAUCACUAACACCUGACAGGAGCAAUACCCACAUUAGAUUGAAGAUUGACAACACGACAGCAGUGGCUGCUAUUAACCAUAUGGGCACUAGCCACUCAAUACAAUGUAACAAUGUAGCUUUAGAUAUUUGGCAGUGGUGCAUCAGCAAACAAAUCUGGGUCUCAGCGGAACAUAUUCCGGGCAAAUAUAACAUAGUAGCUGAUAAAGAGUCAAGGGAAAUAAGCACCAGCAAUGAGUGGAUGUUGAACCCCACACUCUUACAUUAAGCACUUGACAAAUUACAAGUUAACCCAGAUAUAGACAUGUUUGCAUCUAGAUUAAAUGCUCAAUUUCCCAGAUAUAUCGCAUAUAGACCAGACCCAGGAGCACAAUCUAUUGAUGCAUUUUCUGCUCAGUGGAACACUUUCCAAGGUUACUAUUUUCCUCCUUUCAGUGUCAUUUCAAAAGUUCUUCAGAAACUGGAGCAGGACAAGGCAACAGGAGUAAUAGUAAUCCCCAAAUGGCCCACCCAGGUGUGGUAUUCCAUGGCAAUGAGGAUGCUGAUCAGCUGUCCAGUUCUUCUACAGCACAGUGCCAGACUGUUAUUGCUACCAAGCCACCCACAAGAAACACACCCCUUACACAAGAAACUGGAUCUGCUAGUAUGUCACUUGUCAGGGGACAGUUGCAAACAAGCGGACUUUCAACAACAGCUUCAGACAUUUUCAUGUGUGCCUGGCGGGAUGGAACUAAAAAACAAUACCAAACCUACCUUACACAGUGGGAAAACUACUGCAACUCCAAAGGGAUUAGUCCAGUUUCAGCUACUGUAAUUGAAGGUAUCAAUUUUCUAGCAGAACUAGUUGAUAGGGGUAUUGGCUACAGUGCAGUUAAUACAGCCAGAUCUGCCCUUUCAACCAUACUUGUAGCUAAUGAUUCUCUUACGUUUGGUAUGCACCCUUUGGUAAAGAGGUUUUUAAAGGGUGUUUUUGAACAGAAACCUUCGUUGCCACGUUAUGCAUUUAUUUGGGAUGUCAAUCAAGUGUUAAAUAGACUGCGUUCUUACCCUUCUAUUGAAUGUAUUUCACUAAAGGAACUUACAUUAAAACUUGUUAUGCUGUUGGCUCUUCUCACUGGUCAACGAACGCAAACGAUUCAUUAUUAUUAUUAUUAUUAUUAUUAUUAUUAUUAUUAUUAUUAUUAUUAUUAUUAUUAUUAUUAUUAUUAUUAUUCCUAUGUGACGUAGACUAUGAUGAGGUAGAAUUUAAAAAUUAAACGAGACUUACCUGUAAGUUGAAGACUUGAAGUUUGAUGUAGAUUCUACCGAUUCAUAGUCAGGAACAUAGGAAUUACGUGCCCUCCCAACAUUGGUUAUACAAAUAACUCACGGCAUUAAAAAUGCUAAGAUGAUCCCUCCCUAUUUACGUGGGAUCCUGUGCUCAUUCACUGGUAAACAUUAAUAUAGCUUGCUCGCGCAAUCUCACGUAAUUCCUAUGUUCCUGACUAUGAAUCGGUAGAAUCUACAUCAAACUUCAACUUACAGGUAAGUCUCGUUUAAUUUUUAAAUUUUCUUUUAAAACCGGAAGUAAUUUACAUAUCAGAUCCGCCAUCUUGUUUUUUUUUUCGAUAUUGAGUCCAGCCACAAUAUGCUUGUGAUUUUCUUCAGAAAAUAUUUCCAUUACUAAACCAGAUCGUUCUAAAGUAAAAAAUAUUCAGUCUGCUAUUUGUAGUCAAGGUAAAAAUAUGUAAAAUUGUGAAGAAAACGGAAGGAUCACCAUGUGAGCUGUAAGUAUACAGAUUGAAUUCUCUGUAAAAAUAUGAUACUCGAUUUGUAAAUAAGUGGACUUAUAAUAUAUUUACCUAUUCAAGUUUCACUUCAACUAUAAUGGGGGGUUAUAUUGAAUGGAAUAUACAGAAAUCGAAACACAUAGACAUCUUAAGAUGAAAAUAAUGACAAUAUAAUUCUGAGUAAUUUUGGGUUUUCAGGCAUAGUUUUCUACAACCUCGUACCCAGGACUAGUCGCGAAUUGAAGGCGGGCGACAUAGCCUUCAAUUCGCGACUAGUCCUGGGUACGAGGUUGAGUUUUCUACUGUCUUCUCGUGUUUCGAUACAGUUUCUUAAUGGCAAAUCGCGUUUAUUAUUAUUAGUUUUUGGACAAUUAUUAUGUACUAAUUGAAAAACAAAGAGCCUUACUUAAAACAGCAUAAACCACGAGUUUGAAUUAAAAAAAAUCGAAUUUACAGGGCUACUUUGCCAGGGCAACAAUCACAUUUCAAUAUGGUGGAUAUUUUGGCUUUAAAUAAUAUAAAUCGGAAAAGACAUUGGUGACCCACAAUUUUUAUUUAAUAAAAUAGUUUCUUAGUGUAUUGAAUUCUUUGACAGUUUUCUAUUGACCCAACAUUCUUCAAAUUAAGCAAAUGUGAUUAUUGAUGGUGUUCGUUUCGAUUAUCCAUAGAAUUUGUUGGAUAAUCCCAUGGAUGACCCUGAAGGUUUUGUCACCCCAAAGACUGAAUGGAGGCUUUGUGCGUUAUGCCAAGAAGUAAGCGAAGAGCCCUUACAGUGCCCUGCAGACUCAAAACGCCAAGACAUAGGUGCUGGAUAUAAAACUUUGGCAGGCAAUUUAGAGAAGUUCGCGAAUCUUGGAUGUAUGCCAAGGGAAAUCAGUCUAUCCCGAUUGAACGAAGGCGGUGGCAUCGCAGCAACGUUAAUAAAGAACAAUGCCCGAUGGCAUAGAAGUUGUUAUGCCCUUUUCAACUCGACCAAGCUAAAAAGAGCUGAAAAAAGAAAAAAGAAGAAGCAGCCGCUAGGUGGUGAAAAGUUUAUGCGUUCAAAUGCCAAUGCCUAUACCAAAGACACAAGUCCCUCGUGUUUCUUGUGCGAGUCUGAUGAUCAGCCGUUACACUGUGUCUCGACACUUGGGGUAGAUGCUCGAGUCCGUGAGUGUGCAUCGUUGUUAAAUGACGAAAAACUUUUAGCUAAGCUUGGCGGUGGAGAUCUGAUUGCUCUAGAAGCACGCUAUCACGCUAAGUGCCUUGCAUUGCUGUAUAGGAACGCAGAGUACGCCAAAAGAGAUAAUGUGCCGGAGAGCGAAAUGCCUCACCGUCAGGAUGGCAUUGCCCUGGCGCAGCUUGUCACAUUUAUCGAAGAAACGCGGUCAACUGGAAAAGAGCUGCCAACAUUUAAACUCGCAGACCUGGCACGAAUGUACACAGACUGCUUGCAGCAGCUCGGUUAUGAAUGUACUACACGGGUGAAUACUUCGCGUCUUAAGGAACGUCUUUUAUGUCAAAUCAUGUAAAGGGAUGCAAUGUAUUUUUUGUUUUCACGAAGGACGUUGGCAAUGCACUGCAUAAACUCCAUAAAGAUGACGUAGAUGAUGAGGCUAUGCAUCUAGUAAAGACAGCCUCAAUCGUCCGUAAAGACAUACACGCCAAUAAAUACUCCUUCAAUGGAUCUUUUGAGCAAAAUUGUCAAAGUAGCUCUAUCCCAACAUCCCUCUUAUCCCUUAUCACCAUGAUUCUCUACGGGCCUAACAUAAUUGGCCAGGCUGAACGCUCAUCGAAAGAACAAGCUGCUCUAACCAUCGCACAACUGGUGCAGUUCAAUACGUAUCAGCGUCGCCGGCAAGGAGAGGUUAAACGGGAACGGCGGAACAAAUCUCGAGAGUCUCCUCUGCCAAUCUAUGUAGGGGUAUCUGUAGACGCCAAGACUAGGAGCCGUGAUCUUGUAGACAGACUGCAUCGAUUAGGAAUCUCUAUUUCCUACGAUAGAGUAAUGAGCAUUUCAACAAACCUUGGUAAUGAAGUAUGUCGCUGUUAUCGGGAAGAGAGGGCAGUGUGUCCUUCAAAUCUACAUCUGGGCCUUUUUACAACAGCUGCCGUGGACAAUAUUGACCACAACCCGCGCUCGACGACUGCAAAGGAUUCAUUUCACGGCACUGGUAUAUCUUUAUUUCAGCACCCAUCCACAGAUAAUCCUGGUACGGAACGGCCACCUAUCAAUAUAUCACAAGAUACCGGUAAAUCAAUCAAGGAACUUCCAGCAUCCUACACAGACGUCAUCCCUGUGUCAGCGACAGGAGGUAAUGCUCAGAUUCCAGCCACUGUCUCGGAGAUAAAAUCGGAUGGAAGCUCCUUCGCUCGCGGCAUGAAGGAUGAGCUAAAAUGGCUUGAGGAAUCCAGCGCCAUAAUUGUUAACCAGCAAACCUUGGAAGAAAACGUAAAUGUGUCUUGGUCCGCUUUCCACUCACAUCAACCAUCAUGUACCCCACCCAUUUCAAUCGCAAUUUCAGCGCUUUUACCACUUUUUUCUCACCAAGCCAAAUCAGUUGCCAUGAUUAAGCAUGCCAUGGACGUCAUAAAGCUUUCAGUUAAUCACUUGAAUCCUGGCCAAGUUCCUGUCAUCGCCUUAGAUCAGCCCCUGUAUGCUGUGGCGAAGGAGAUCCAGUGGAAGAUGCGUGACAAUUACGGCGAAGAUAAGUUCGUGAUGGUGUUUGGUGGUCUCCAUGUAGAGCAGGCAUUUUUGAAGGUGAACGGUCAGUGGCUCGAAAAUAGCGGAUGGACAGCAGCCCUUGUAGAUGCAAACGUGGCAACGCCAGGAACCGCAGAAUCGUUUAUAAAGGUGUCAAGCAUAACCCGCACACGAAGAGCCCAUCAAGUAACGGUGAGCACGCUUUUCAUUCAAGUGUAUGAAGAUUUUGGUAACCCCUUCGACGAGGAGAGCGCAGAUCUUGUUUUCUUGGAUUCCAAAGUAGUAGCAGACAAGGAAGGAGUAUUGAGAAUGCAGCAAGUGGAGGAACUUGGAAGGAAGCAGUGUGAAAAAUUCAUUCAAGAGCGCUUAGUAGAACGGAAGACACCACUGGAUGAACCUAUUACCAGAAACAAGCUCGACUUCUUCUCGACUACUUCACGAAAGAAGAAAUCAAAGGUAAAUCAGAAGCUCUCCUCUAUGAAAAGCCUGCAUAGCCUGCCAAACACGAAAUGGCGACCUGGAUGAUUUCUUCAGGCAUGAAAACCAAGGCUGUCCACCUUCACUAUCUGAUGAAGGAAAUCUGCGCUUACCGCGACAGAAAUCCGAGCUCGCAAAUUGUCUCGAGGCCCUCACCACCCCACACAUUGUCCCUCCAGCCAACAGCGACGUGAUAAUCAUGGAUGGAGCAGCAGUGGUCAACAUCAUUAGGCCUACAGGGACUGAAAGAACAUUCUCGGGGUAUGCUACAGCAACUUUUGUCCCCUACGUCAUCGCUCAGCUUCGCCAUGUAAAACGUGUUGACAUUGUGUGGGAUACGUACAAAGAGAACAGCCUAAAAGCCACUACUCGUAGUCUUCGUGGAGCAGGAUUAAGGCAACGCGUCGCAUCAGACAACCAACUACCAAGAAGUUGGAAAGAUUUCCUUCGUGUUGACCAGAACAAACAAGGUGACACAUACGAGGUGACACAUGUUUAUUCGUAUGACAGUCUGUGCGCGUCUGACACUGUAAAUUCACAAUAUAUAGAUUUAGUAUAUUAGGAAAAUAUUAUGAUUAAUAAAGACCAAGAAAAAGGCUAAAGCCUGAUAAUCACUGACAGACUUUCUCUGUUUGGCUAGUAUCAAAUGUUUACAUUUGCUAAUAUUGGGCUCUAGUCCCAGACGGCAGACAAUACAAUACUGUUUCUUUCAAUCUUAUAUUAAAACAACGUGGUAACCAGUAAUUAAAUCGGUGCAAAGCAUAUAAACAUUUACAAGAAAGGACAAAUCUAAUGGCGUAUUUUAAAAACAUUACAUAUGUGGAAAUGAUGACUGAAAAGCUCAUAAUAAACGUUUGUUAUAAAACCGCGCUCGAGUGUGAAGAGACGGCAUUGAAUAACAACACGAGAGAGCACUGUGAGUAACGAUUUGCUUGGCGGUUUCUUGACUUGACUGUUGGUAAAAAUGUAAGAAUGUUCUUGUAAAUUCAAAGCAAAGAAAAUAAACAAAAAUUAGCAAGUAUUUUAAACUUAAUAAUGUUUUUAACUGUUAAACAAAAUAUCUCCACUGGAAUCAUGUAAUUUGAUACUUUUCCCACACACCCUCGGGCGCUAAAUUUUGGACGAGGCACGUGACCAGCCCAUACCAGGGUAUUUCCUAAAUACCCUGGGAACGAGGUUGCAGGUAGAGUACAGUAUUACGAACUAAUAGCAUGACAUGAGGGAAAUUAGUGAUUGAAUGCCCCGAAGGCUCGGGAGGUUUGUGAAAUUCCCUCGGGCUGCGCGCGCCCUCGAAUUCCGCAAACCUCCCUCGCCUUUGGGGAUUUACUAAUUUCCCUCAUGUCAUGCUAUAUUGAUAUAUCAUAUUGUUUCUUGGACAAACUUUCUUAAAGCCUGGUUCACACCAGCAAUUUUGUCGGCGAUUUUGUGUUUCUGUCUUUCUGACGGAUGCAAAUGAGUAAACUCGCACGCACAAAAGUAUGAGUCGCAUUUCAGAAGAAAACAAUUCUAAGUCUUUUGCAUGUCAUUCAUUUGAUCACAUUUGCCAGGAGGAGAAAGAUCCCCGAUAGAAUUGCUAGUGUGAACCAGGCUUUACAGGGUUCGUAGUCUCCAAGGCCAAAAAAAUUUAAAGACUUUCAAAGAUAUUUUCUGCCUAUUUUCAAAGACUUUUCAAAGACCUUUGAGAGCAAUCAGCUGUCGAAAAAUUGCGAUUGUAAGCACCAUUUUUACCCAGUAAUUAGUCCCGUCAAAUCACAUCCUAAAAUGUGCCAUUUUGUCGAUAUUUGCGAAAAUCUUGCUUCAAUCAAUCUAUUUUAUUAGCUAGGAAAUCGUAUAAUCAAAUACUCACUAAAGAAUUUAAAGACUUUUAAAGACUUUCUUCGCUUUUUCACACAAUUCAAAGACUUUUCAAAGACCUUAAAGACCUACAUUCAAAUUUAAAGACUUUCAAGGAUUUCAAAGAACGCUACGAACCCUGCUUUAAUGCAUGCAUUGUGAUUUUAAUGUUACUGGGGGUUGGCCAGUCGGUGCGAGGGUACAAUGGUCGUUUCCGAAAACCCUUGGUAUUGUACCGCCUUGACUUUACUCUACUGUAGCAACCUCGUACCCAGGCUCUUUAGUCAGUUAAUAGCGUUCAGAGCUAUGGAUGAGCUAGGCGCGCGGGCAGAAAUCUGAACGCUUUUGAACGCUAUUAAUUACUAAAGAGCAUGGGUACGAGGCUGCUGCCAAGGAUUGCAGGCUCGGGGAACGAGAUUGUUUGCUGUGGAGAACGGGUGGUUAUUCUAACUGGGAUUUUAUAUUGUUGAAUGGUCGGUCGAUUUUCCUUUUGGUAUCGGUUUAGAAAACCGGGGUAUAUCAAUCAGUGGUAAAUUUCCCAAAUCGCCUAUAUUCAAGUUAUUCGAAAUUUGCUUUUCGUCUUGAAUUCGAAUGAUUUCACAAUUAGGUUUUAACACUUCUUUAGGAUGAGAUUUCCUAUCUGUAG